GAGGAGGUUAAACGCCAGAGUAGGAACACAUCGAGUGAAGCUGGUAAAAGGAGGCUCCUGAACACAUUUCACUACCUGUUUGAGUCUCAGAAUCGUGAACUGGCUCAGACCGCACUGGGAUCUGUGGAAGAACUUUCAUUCAGUGGAAUGACACUGACCCCAGUUGACUGCGCGGUCCUGUCUCAUGUUGUCAGACUCUGUGAUACAAUAAAACGUCUCGACCUGUCGUACUGCCACAUUUUGUGUGAAGGAAUCCUGCAGCUGGGACCCUGGCUGCACAAGUUCCAGGUAUUGAGUCUUGGGCGGAAUGACCUGGGAGAUUCAAGAGUGAAACUGGUGUCUGCGGCUCUUGGGAACCCGGAGUGUAAAAUACAGACACUGAAUCUAAACCAUGUCGAACUUACAGAUUCUGGUGCUGAGGAUCUCGCCUCCGCUCUCAGUACAAACCGAUCACUGAUAGAGCUGGACCUGGGAUGGAACCCGCUCACAGACCAGUCUGUCCCUGCUCUCCGCCGGCUCAUACUGACCCACCCGAGUCUGGAGCAGAUCAUGCUGGCAGUGAAUAAUUUCAGUGGGACUGGGGAGAAUGAACUGGAGUCUCUACAGGAGUCUAGACCCGGACUGAGAGUGUACCUGUAAACGUCUGAAUGUGUGAAUAUACCCGUCCACAAGAUGGAGACAAUUUGGCCGAUACCCCCCCCCCCUUAACUCCCGCCCUUAUCUUACCGCACUCCAGAAGCAAUUCGCAAGGGUUCAGAAAUGACCCUGGAUCUGCGGUGAUCUGGGACACGGACCUGAAGUGUGAUUUGAUAAUCAUCAGUUCCGUGAUGCAGAGUGACAGUGAGAAAUGGGACUGAUUAUUCAAACUGCCCCUGGUUGUCGCCGGUCAGUUAAUUGUGUGUGACUGUGAGUGAGUCGGGACCAGCUUAUUUAUUCCCGCACGUCAGCAGCUCACAAAUCGAUUAAUUUACAUUUGUCGAUGAAAUCAAUAAACCACUGUAACAUCCUGUCUUCGUUUCGGACAAGUUUUAUUUGAAGUUUAUGCUGUCCCCCACACCCUGGGUGCCCAGGAUCUCAUCUCCACCCAGCCCCCUUGCUGGGAAACUCACCCCCUCCUUACACUCCACAAAGAAAGGGAGGGGGGACAGAGAGAGA